ACGUGUUGUUUGUGUUUGACUUCAAACAUCUUAAUUGUGUCAUCAAAUCCAUGUUAUUUUAGAUUGUUUUUAAUUCUCCAUUGUUGUACAAUUAACGAGUUGUAUUUAUUAAGGUAUUGGUCCAUUCAAUUAAAGUGUUUUUCUAUUGUUUUUCUCUUGUUGGUUGUAACAAGAAGCGAUUAAUAUGAAUCGAUUUUUGGGUUUCUCUGGUUGUGUCUUGGUUGUCUUUCUGUUGAUUUGUCAAACAAGCUGUUCAGCUCCUGUUGAGGCUGAUAAAAAACCCGAAGACAGUGAUUUCGGUAAAGACCCUGAUUCGGCCAUCAACGAUUUAGGCCUUGAGUACGGAAGAUAUUUACAAGAAGUUGUAGCGGCUUUGGAGGAAGACAAAGAGUUUGCCAAGAAAUUGGAAAAUGUCUCAGCUGAUCAUAUUAAAUCAGGAGCAAUUGCGUCUGAACUCAAUCUUGUCAAUCACAACAUUCGAAAUAAACUGGAUGAGCUGAAACGAAUUGAGAUUGAAAGAUUAAGAAAAUUGACAAAAUUAGAACAUGAUUAUAAAGAAUUUGGUGCCCAAGCCAAUGAUGGUCGAAGAUGGAGAACUUUAGGUUCUACUGGAAACGCAAAACUGGACAAACAAUUACAACAAUUCGAACAUUUGAAUCAUAAAAAUCCGAACUCUUUUGAGGUUGAAGAUUUACAUAAACUAAUUAUAAAGGCUACUAGAGACUUGGAGGUUUUGGAUAAAAAACGUCGAGAAGAGUUUAAAAGAUAUGAAAUGGAGAAAGAAUAUCAAUACAGAGAAGGCCUAAAGAAUAUGACAGAAGAAGAAAGGAAAGAAGCAGUCAAGAAACACGACGAACUUAAUCAGAAACACAAAGAACACCCUCGAGUCCAUCAUCCAGGAAGUAAACAACAAUUGGAGGAAGUUUGGGAAGAACAAGAUCAUAUGCCGAAAGAAGAGUUUAAUCCAAAAACUUUCUUCGCCUUGCACGAUGUUAAUGGCGAUGGUUAUCUGGACCCAGAGGAAGUGGAAGCUCUACUUUCAUUAGAGAUUAAAAAAAUGUAUGAUCCAAAUAAUCCUGAAGAUGAUCCCAAUGAAAUGGAAGAGGAAUAUCACCGAAUGAGGGAACAUGUUUAUAAAGAAGCAGAUAAAAACAAAGAUGGGCUAAUUAGUCAAAAAGAGUUUAUUGAAUUGACUCAAAAAGCGGAAUUCGAGCGAGAUGAAGGCUGGAAGGGAAUCGAUGAGCAACCAAUGUUCAAUGAGGACGAAUUACGUCAAUAUGAACAUCGAAGACAAGAGCUUCUUGCUCAACAAUAUGGAUAUUAUAUGCCACCAUACCAACCUUAUGGUCAUCAUCCGUCACAACAACAACCUGGACAUUACCAAGGACAAGGUAUGGGUCAUCCUCCUCAACCACCCCAACAGCAUUUUGGUAACGUACCACCUUAUCAAGUAGCUCAAGCUCACCCUGGUUAUGCACAACAACAACAACAACAACAACAACCUCAUGCUUAUCAACCACCACCACAAUUUGCUGUUCAUCCUGGAGCACAACACUCUAAUCAAUAUCAACAAGGAUAUCCUAACAAUCAACAACAAAAUCAGUAUCAACCUCCUCCACCUCCACCACCUCAACAACAACACCAACCUUACCAAGCACCAAAUCAAAUGCAGAAUCAACACUUUGGUGUUGCUCCACAAGCUAAUUUACCUCCUCAACCUUCAGGUAUGGCUAAUCAAGGAGGUCCACAACAAAUCAAUCACCAAGCUAAUUUAGCCCAACAAGCUAAUACAUUUGGACAACCCAAUCAAUUCAAUUCAGGCCAACAACAACAACAACAACAACAACAACAACGACAAGUCAACGUCCCAAUGUCUUCUGGUCAGGGUGUCCAACAACAACAACAACAAAUACAUUCUGCUAUACCUAAUCAGGUUCAUAGUUCAUUAAAUACUAAUCAAGGAUCUGUAAAUGUCAAUUCCAAUUCUCAACAACAACCAAACCCUAGUUCUUUCAAUCUUCCACCACAACCAACAAUUCAUAAAUCAUGAUCUUCUUUGGUUAAUUAAUUUUUGUGUCCAUUCUAAUGCUUUUAUGUUGUUACAUUUAUUCACUUCUAUUAUUAUCAUCGGAUGAGAUUAUUAAUACAAGACAGAAUAAUAAGAGAUCUUAUUUUUGUUAUCGAAAAAUUCUGAUAAAGAAGCAAGAAAAACAAUUCCAAUUAUUAACGAAAAUAAAUUGUAAACAUAUGAAUAUUAUUGAAUGUUUGAUUAUUAUAAUCAUCGUUUUAAUUAAUUUUUUCUUCACAAUCAUUCUGCCUUCACCGAAUCUCCAUUAUAAAUGUUUCCUUUUUGUACCUUGUUAAACAAAAUUAAAAUGCCGUUGCAAUCAAAUCAGUUCUAAUCGAACACAUCUAAAUAUUAAUACAAUUAAGAAAAUGUA